CGCACCUGCUAUUCAAGACCUAUGACCCGCGUUUAGCCGUGCAACAUCUCCCAGCCGCUUCACCUGUCACCUCGCAGCCAAAUUGUCACCCUCCGUCCGCUGUCACUACUUCUCUCUCGGUUACAUUCACUGCCGUCAGCUGUCGACUUGCAGCUUCUUCAUCACUUGAAGCUCUCUCAAUCUUGUCAAUAGCGAAUCGAGCCAAAAUGUCAUCAUGUCCAUCUUGGUCCGUGAACACUGGGGGGCAAUCGCCAUGUGAUAUAGCGGUAGUGGUGUACAGUUCGUGUCCGAAUGUUACGACCAAUAAUACCAUCUCUCCUUCCUCUUCCGAUAAUUCCUUCGUUCCUGUUAGCUCAAAUGCGACUUUAUGCACUUGUUCCUGGGCAAGCUACAACUUGAUAAGUGCCUGUAUGUUUUGUGCCACGGGAUCGCCCUCUUUAGUGAGCUGGGAUACAUGGAUAACGAAUUGUAAUGCAAACACGUUAACAACAACAUACUUUCCUUGGGAUGAGGGAAUAAGGCUCCCUUCUAACGCGUCAAUAAUACCUUAUUAUGCGAGCUACGAUCCUACUAACUACUCCAACGGGACAUUUGUCGAGUCCACUGCCAACGAUUAUAGCGAUACGGGAAUCGGCAACUUGAAUGGAUCACCCAUUAGCAACCCUUCCUCUUCGAGCUCACCUUCCAGUUCUUCGUCUUCAGCAACUCCUAUUGGUUCGAUUGUUGGAGGUGUUGUUGGGGGAACGGUUCUGCUGCUUCUAUUAUGCGGCUUUUUCUUCUUCAUUAUUUGUCGGAAACGCAGAAGAGCAGCGCAAUUUCCGCACAAAAUGACACUGCCCACAUUGAACGGAUACCCUCAAACGUCAGCUGCGAUGUCUACAUCUUCUUACGCUAUUCAAUCCAAUAAUAUCCCAACGGUCCUUCAGUAACGAGCCUCCAUUCGCUCCACAUCGCUUCACCCACCUCCACUGUUCGUCCUAUGCUUGUCUCGCCUUUGGCGCCUCCUAUCACCCCUGUAUUGUCACCUGUUGGCGAUGCAGCUGAUGUAAUCACACCAUUCCUUGCCACUCAACCAUCACGACCAAGCACCCCAGACAGAAAGAACGCCAGAAGUCACGGUGAACCUGCACAAGAGCGUGCCAUGUCACCGCAAUCUCAACGAUCACGCAUGAACCCACCCCCU